GUAUGUUGAUGGAAUGAGGAAGUUGUUGUAGGCAAAAUUCGUUAUGAGUUUGAAACCUCGUCACUUUUGAUAUUGGUCCGCUUGACAUUGCCCCAGUGUGACCUUGUUACACAAUAUCACAAGAUCCUGGUUGAUCUGGCGUUUCCCGCCUAUUGGAUACAGCCGGCACAAAAUAAAGUGCUAGUGGCUAUUAACAUCUAAAGACCAUUACCUUUAAUUGCAGCUAUAUAUGGCGGGAUUCCCAAAGACAACACCAGGGACAACGGAAGGUGAUGGCUCUAAUGAAAUGGUUUUGAUCACUACAACUGUUGUUGGUGCUAUUAUUCUUUUUAUUUUGGGGAUUCUUAUAUGUUUAUUCCUAAGACGCAAAUGCAAAAGGCAAUUUAGAAAGCGAGAUAUGACAGUGCAUUACGUUAAAUCGUCUUUAAAUCUUGGUACUAGUAUUAGCACUACUAGCAUUGGCGAAACCAAUUCUUCUUCAGACAUUGGCGUUAGCACAAAUACGGACAUCCAGGGAGACGAUGUAAAACUUGAUAUUACCGAUGCACUACCUGAGAUGAGUUCCGGAGAAAUUUUUCCAGAGCCCUCCAGGAAAACUUUGUCCUUGCCCGGUAAAAUCCUUCAUCAUACUGCUCCUAUCGAGUCAAAAGAAGGAGUACCGAGCAAUGUCGAUUCAUUAGUUACUGAAGUGAAACGUUCGGAUCAACCUGGUCCUAAAUUAGAACAUGUCCAAAGAGAAUAUACUUAUGUCAGUGAAGCUGAUAAAGAGAAAUCUAGUUCGUUGCCCAUUUUGAAGGAUACCAAACGUCGAGACUUGUCUCUCAAAGGUGCUAAACGCAUAUUUGCAUAUCGAUAUUAUGGCGCUGGGGGAAGUAAUGAAUAUUCAAGACCUACUUCGAUGGAUUCUGGUUAUCAAACGAAUACUAGUUCUAAAAGAAGUAGUUGCGUACUAAGUGAACUUGAUGAAACUGAUUUCUCGGAACAAUGUGAAUCACCAAUUUCCAAUAAAGGAAAAUUGAUAUUUCCCGAAAAGAAAAAUUUACAUAAACCCACCAGUUAUGGCAUGCUUGUUGAGGAAGAUGAAUCCGCAGAUGAUCAUAAAUCAGAAUUCAAGCCGAAGAAACACCGCAGGCGCAGUCGAACCGUUUCAACGAGCACAAGGCGAGUAAAGAAAAAUAUCACCCCCGAGGGGGGUGUUAUGAAAUUAGACGAAGCUGUACUUCGUAUCGGAGCUGGAUGUCUGGUUGAAGAUACAGAAAUCACGAUGAUAAAUGACAGCGAAAAUUUAGACUUCAAGUCACUUGUGGACUUAGAUUUAAUCAGCGCUAUGCCAAGUGUUUUUGAAUUCCUUCCAGACGGCUUGAAAUUCCUAAAACCAGCAGAUCUCGAGCUCACGAUCAGAUUAAAAAGAAUCGCCCCAGAUUUGGAACUGUUCCUCCUACGCGGUUCUUACAACCACAAUUACGAGAAGAUGAUUUGGGAACUUGUGGCUGACGGAAUUGACGAGAACAAAACAGACGGAGUCAUAAAUGUCAAAAUUGACGGCUUUUCUGUUUAUACCUUCUUUUCAGCAAUGCGCGGACUUAUAUCCCGGAUUUUGAGUCACCUCAACUAUUCAUUUACCUGUGUUGCGUAUGCCUUUUUCCGCAGACUACCACCAAUAGAUAAAAUAGACUUUGCCGUCGUUUUGGUGAGCGAAUUUGUGGAUGAAUAUGAAGAGAAAGACAUUAAACAGUUGAAAGAUCAUCUUAAAGAGGGCUACAUUAAAAGUGAUAAAGGAAUGGCAAAACGUGUCCAAACUGAUCGAUCUCUUCAAAUGCACUUGGAUUUCUCUGGAAUAGAGUUAAGCCCCUUUGUUUUCGAAAUAGACCAGCCCCAGUUGGAUUCGAUUGGUUAUGUGAUCGAUCACUUUAAGGGCGUUUCAAUCGAAAGUCCAGCAAGUGGAAAUAUCAAGAUAGGCGAAGAAGUUUGCGACAUAAAUUCUGAAUUUUUGUGGAAGUUGAAGAUACACGAAAAUGAAGACGAUACGAAUGAAAAUGGCCAAUCUCAAAAGCCGGACGACGAACCCGAAGUUGUCUACCGAAGGACAAAACUUACCAGGGUGGAGAUAACACGCAUGAGCCGUAUGGUUGCGAUGGAUUGGGACAGUCUUGCUGGGCUCUUGGAUAUUCCUUAUGAAGAACGUGAAGAGAUCAGAACCAACUACAUGAAGUACCCUGAUUCUCCUUCCAAAGCGGAAAAAGUUCUCAACAUUUCAAUGACAGUGAUUGCUUUGGUCGGGAUGUUUUUGGGAAAUGCGUGGAUGAAUUGGGAAGGCAUGAUUUAAUAAAGAAAUUACACCCUAUGGAGAACAAG